AUGUGUGCUAAUAUCGGUGUAGCCGAUGGACCUGGAAAGAACUCUGUGAUAAAGAUGGCUAGAAAUCCAUACUCAACCUGGUUUCGCUGGAGGAUUACACAGAACCAGAGUGCUGGGGUGAGCUUCAUCCUCCUGGGCUUCUCAGAAUAUCCGGACCUCCAGGGGCCACUCUUCCUGGUUUUCCUCACCAUCUACACCAUCACUGUGCUGGGCAACCUGGGCAUGAUUAUAGUCCUACACAUGUACUCUGGGCUUCACUGGCUCAGAGAUGUUUUUCUCCAUCAUUUAUCUUUGGUGGAUUUCUGCUACUCUUCCGUUGUCACCCCCAAGCUCCUGGAGAACCUGAUUGUGGAGGACAGAAGCAUCUCCUUUGCAGGCUGUGUCAGCCAAUUCUUCUUUGCAUGUGUCUGUGUAGUAACAGAGACUUUCAUGUUGGCAGCCAUGGCCUAUGACCGAUUUGUGGCCGUUUGUAACCCUCUCCUAUAUACAGUGGCCAUGUCUUCAAAGCUAUGUUCCUUGUUGGUGGCUGCAUGCUACUUUUGGGGUAUGCUGUGUUCUUUUGUAUUCAUAUACUAUUUGUUAACUUUGAAUUUCUGUGGGACAAAGGUUAUAAACAACUUUGUGUGUGAGCAUUCUGCCAUUGUUGCUGUGUCCUGCUCUGACCCUUAUGUAAGUCAGUUGUCUAUUGUGAUCUUUGCCAUAUUCGAUGAAAUAAGCAGCCUGGGCAUUGUUUUCACCUCCUAUGUGUUUAUUUUUUUCACUGUGAUGAGAAUGCCCUCCACUGCGGGGCGCUACAAAGCAUUCUCCACAUGUGCUUCCCACCUCACCGCCAUUGCUAUUUUCCAUGGCCCCAUCCUUUUUCUCUACUGUGUUCCUACAACCAAAAGUUCAUGGUUGUUGGUGAAGAUUGCCUCUAUCUUCUACACCGUGGUCGUCCCUAUGCUGAAUCCACUGAUUUACAGUCUCAGGAACAAAGAUGUGAAGCAGGCAGCCAGGAGGCUAAUCAAUUCCCAACUAUCCUGUCAUAAAAGUUGA